AUGGCAAAGAGUAAUCCUCAUAAAACAGAGAAAUCACUUUCAAACAUUGGUUAUACAACACCCGUAGCUGAACAUCCAUCAUUAGAUGAAGUUUAUGAAGAUACACCAUUUUCAGAAGCAUUUUGGACAUAUUUAAAUUAUGUUCUUUUAAAUAUAUUUGGAUGGUUUCGUGAUCUUCUUCGAAAUGCUCGAAUUGAAAAUCGCAAAGGUUCAGCAGAAAAUAAUCCAUCGGGUUUUGUUCCACUUUAUCAAAGUUAUGAAAGUUUUUACACUCGUAACGUUUACCAACGUAUUGCCGAUUGUUUCAAUCGACCAAUUGGCAGUGUACCAGGUGGUACACUUGAUCUUGUUGAACGUAUUACUGAGGAUUACAAUUGGUCAUUUAAUUUUACUGGUAACAAAAUCAAAUCAAUUAAUCUUGGUUCAUAUAAUUAUCUUGGUUUUGCUGAUAAUAGCGGACAAACAGCAGAUAACGUUAUAAAUUCAAUAAAAACUGGUGGUAUUGCAGUAGCAAGUACAACACAAGAAUUCGGCACACUAACGCAACACCGAAAGCUUGAAUCUUUACUUGCUGAAUUUCUUGGCACUGAAGAUGCCAUCACAUUCGGUAUGGGCUUUGCAACGAAUGCACUCAAUAUACCAUCAUUGGUUGGAAAGGGUUGUCUCAUAUUAAGUGAUGAACUUAAUCAUACAUCACUUGUUCUUGGUUCUCGUCUAUCGAGUGCUGUUAUCAAAGUUUAUAAGCAUAAUGAUAUGAAUCAUUUGGAAAGAUUAUUACGUGAAUCAAUUGUAUCUGGACAACCACGAACUCAUCGACCAUGGAGAAAAAUUUUAAUUAUUGUUGAAGGAGUAUAUAGUAUGGAAGGUUCAUUAUGUAAAUUACCCGAAUUAAUUGAACUUAAAAAAAAAUAUAAAGCAUUUCUUUAUUUGGAUGAAGCACAUUCAAUUGGUGCUAUGGGUUCACGUGGUCGUGGUGUUGUUGAUUAUUGGAAAUGUGAUGUUAAUGAUGUUGAUAUACUUAUGGGUACAUUUACAAAAAGUUUUGCUGCAGCUGGUGGUUAUAUUGCUGGAAAAAAGGAAUUAAUUGAUCAUAUUCGUGUAACAUCACAUGCUACAGCUUAUGCAACAUCAAUGAGUCCACCUGUUGUUGAACAAAUUAUUUCAGUAUUAAACUUAUUACUUGAUACAAAUGAAGAACAUGAAGGUCGUCAACGAAUUACACAAUUAGCAUGGAAUACACGUUAUUUUCGACAACGUCUUAGAAAAAUGGGUUUUAUUGUUUAUGGUCAUCCACAUUCACCUGUUGUACCAGCUUUAUUAUAUAGUCCAUCGAAAAUUGCAGCAUUUAAUCGUGAAAUGUUAAAACGUGGUGUAGCUGUUGUUACUGUUGGUUUCCCAGCUACACCAUUAGUACUUGGUCGUGUUCGUUUUUGUCUUUCGGCAUCUCAUACAAAAGAAAUGCUUGAUGAAGUACUUAAACAUGCUGAAGAAGUAGGUGACUUACUGAAUAUGCGUAAAUCAAAAUUAAAUCCAAAACGACCAUUUCAUGAAACAGAAUCAUAA